ACACGUGCGUGAGGCGACCGGCAUAAAUGUCGACAUGCGAAUCGGCAUCCACACUGGCAACGUUCUCUGCGGCGUCCUUGGCCUACGCAAGUGGCAAUUUGAUGUUUGGAGCGAUGAUGUUACCCUCGCCAACCACAUGGAGAGCGGCGGUGUUGCCGGACGCGUGCACAUUACGAAGCAAACUCUGGAUUUCCUGGGCGACAAGUUCGAGGUGGAGCAGGGGGAGGGCGGCAAUCGGGAUCCCUAUCUGGCGGAUCACAAGAUUGAGACGUAUCUGAUUGUGCCACCCAGGCCGGCCUACACCUACAGCGUGCCACGUGUGGUGGAGUGCAUCGAGCAGAGCGAUCCCAGUCCCACCGAGGAGGGCAAGGACGCUGUGGAUUCCCACGAAGAGAAGCUGCUGCCCACCUUUAUGGAGCAGCCUCCACCGCUGCCCGAUGAGAAGAUGUCGCCCACUUCGAUCAAUAGCCAGGAGGUGCCCCUCCAUGCCACUCUCGUCUCGGCUGCCUCCAUGUCCAUCAAGGAGCUGUCCGAGGAGGAGGAGGAGGAGGGCGAGGAUCCCGACGAGGCAGCCGCUGUCACCGAGCCACUGAUGGUCAAGCAGGACCAGGACGGGGAGGACCAGCCCAAACAAAAUGGCGCGCAUCGUGGCAGCGGCGACUCGGCCGCCUCCGAGUCGGCCGUCAAGUCCGCGGCCCUGUCCCUGCCCGCCGAGGAUCUGCUGAGCAUGAGUGGCAGCGAGAGCGGCAUCUCCAACAGCGGCACCCAGGCGGCAUCCUCCAAUCCGGCCAGUGUCACGCCCACCACACCAGCGCCAGCGGGUGGGGCAUUGUCUGGCCCCAACAGCCUGACGGUGGCCGAGGCGCCAGAACGCUCGCGCCGAAAGCUGUCCGUACAAGGUCUGAUGUCCUUUGCCGACAGACGCCGCUCUUCCGGGGCCUUCAUCGAGGGACGCAAGUUGUCCAUCCACAGCGGCGAAAGUUUCCGCAGUCAUGCGGGACAUGUCACUCGAAAUCGGCCCUCGUCCAAGAUGACGAAAUACGUGGAAUGCUGGGGCGCAGAUCGACCCUUUGCGAAUAUAGCCGAAUCGAAGCUGGUGAAAAAUAUUGGACUGGCGAGCAUCGCCAUGAUUGAAUCAAAUUUACUUCCACCGGAGCGUAAAUGUUUCAAUUUUAAUUUCUUCGGACCCCCGACGGAGCUGAAGCCGUUCACCAUGUGGUACCGGAACACACCCCGUGAGGCCAUGUACCGGGCCCAGCCGGACACGCACUUCCGGUACGACCUGAUAUGCGCCUUCGUGCUCUUCCUCUCGCUGGCCAUCGUCCAGCUGAUUGUAAUUGAAUUGAACCUGGCCCUGCUCGGCUCCCUGCUGGCCAGCUUUGUCUCCCUGGGCCUGUUCCUCUAUCUGAGCAACAUGUCCGUGCCGGAUGUGCAUGCCUCUGCCACGGAGCGCAACGGUCCCGGCCAAGUGGUGGCCAGCAGCCGCUAUCUUCGGCUGGCCAUGUUCAUCAUUGUCAACAUUCUCAUCUCCUCCUGUGCCGUGUUCAGUGUGAUUAACUUUACGUUGCCCGAGGAGCUGGGCAGCGAGCCCUUGAACGGCACCGCCCUUCUGGCCGGCAAUUUCUCGAUGGACUUCGCAAAUCUCACCCUGUUGGAGGAGAGUCUGCAGCCGCUGGACAUUGCCCAUGCCAUACCCAUUGCCCCCAUCUUUCUGUACUGCUGUGCCAUCAGCCUGGCGGGGAUUUCGGCCUUCCUUCGAUCGGGUUUUAUCCUGAAGCUAAUCGCCAUGCUGGUGGCCUUGAUAGGGCAGGUCACAGUGCUGGGCUACAGUGAUCUCUACGUACAGUACAAUCGGCAGAACAUCGAAUAUGGGUUGCCCUUGGAGAUCAAGGGAUUCCUGCUCUUGAUGGUGGUCAUAUUGGUGUUGCACACUCUGGAUCGCCAGGGCGAGUAUGUGGCACGCACGGAUUUUCUGUGGAAGGCCAAACUCAAAGUGGAACAGGAGGAGGUGGAAACGAUGCGGGGCAUCAACAAGAUUCUGUUGGAGAACAUUCUGCCCGCGCACGUGGCAACGCAUUUCCUGCACUUGGAGCGCUCCACAGAGCUCUACCACGAGAGCUACUCGUGCGUGGCCGUCAUGUUUGCCUCGAUACCCAACUACAAGGAGUUCUACGACGAAACGGAUGUCAACAAACAGGGCCUGGAGUGUUUGCGUCUCUUGAACGAAAUAAUAUGUGAUUUCGAUAAGUUGUUGUUGAAGCCAAAGUUCAGUGGCAUCGAAAAGAUCAAAACUAUAGCCAGCACCUAUAUGUGCGCCUCGGGUCUGAGGCCAGGCAAGGAAGACGGCGCUACGUCACGUAGCUUUGCGGAUGAAAAGCGCACCGAGGAGCACAACGUGGUCAUAUUGGUUGAGUUUGCGAUUGCUUUGAUGUCCAUAUUGGAUUCGAUUAAUCGCGAAUCGUUUCAACGUUUCCGUCUCCGCAUCGGCCUCAACCACGGCCCGGUCAUUGCGGGCGUGAUUGGUGCCCAGAAGCCACAAUAUGAUAUUUGGAGUAAUACAGUUAACGUUGCCUCCCGCAUGGACUCGUGCGGCGUCAUGGGACGGCUACAGACAACGGAGAAUACAGCAAAGAUACUGAUGGCCGCCGGCUAUGAGUGCGAGUGCCGUGGCCUCACCUACGUGAAGGGCAAGGGAAAUCUAGUCACCUACUUUGUAAAGACACCAUUCGAUGGGAAAUUGUAGAAACAUCCUCGACGGACUUUAAUACUAUUUAAAGGAUAUAUUUACACAUACAUAUAUGUAUAAUCUUAGCGUCACUUCAAGGCAUCUUCUUAUUUAUUUGCUUAGCUUUUCAUUUUAGUUUUUAAUAAAUAUGCAAGCAUUUAAAAUACGUUGCACACACACACACACACACACAUGUUAAGUAUUUGUUAGCCAAAAUUUUGUUUUUUAGUUAGUUGGUAGAUGUUAAAAUGUUAUUAAAUAUUUCGUACGAUUUAUGCAUAGCGAUCACUUAAACAGCGAAUAAUUAUAUACAUACAUAUGUACGAUUCGAAUUAAAAUUAUGCUAGACAAAGAAAAUGCAAAUCAAUCCCCAGAAAUUAUCACCCAAUAAAUAUAGCAAACAAAAUACAUAUAUGCUUAUAUCCUUAUAGUAAAUUUACUGAGCCAGUCUAAUUCACAUUUAAAAAUGCGAGUAUGUAUGUAUUUUCCCUUCUUCCGCUAUAAAUAAUUUGUUAUAUAUCAAUAUAUUUAUGUAUAUUUA